AUGGCGGCCUGCGCUACCCAGACGCCCCCGCGGCCGGGAAAGUCCCCCAUCUCCGGCAGGGGGUCCGGGAUCGACUCCGUCAGGGGGUCCGGGACGAUCCGGGAUCGACUCAAUCAGGGGGUCCGGGAUCGACUCCGUCAGGGGGUCCGGGAUCGACUCCGUCAGGGGGUCCGGGAUCGACUCCGUCAGGGGGUCCGGGACGAUCCGGGAUCGACUCAAUCAGGGGGUCCGGGAUCGACUCCGUCAGGGGGUCCGGGAUCGACUCCGUCAGGGGGUCCGGGAUCGACUCCGUCAGGGGGUCCGGGACGAUCCGGGAUCGACUCCGUCAGGGGGUCCGGGAUCGACUCCGUCAGGGGUUCCGGGACGAUCCGGGAUCGACUCCGUCAGGGGGUCCGGGAUCGACUCCGUCAGGGGGUCCGGGAUCGACUCCGUCAGGGGGUCCGGGACGAUCCGGGAUCGACUCAGUCAGGGGGUCCGGGAUCGACUCCGUCAGGGGGUCCGGGAUCGACUCAAUCAGGGGGUCCGGGACGAUCCGGGAUCGACUCCGUCAGGGGGUCCGGGAUCGACUCCGUCAGGGGGUCCGGGAUCGACUCCGUCAGGGGGUCCGGGAUCGACUCCGUCAGGGGGUCCGGGAUCGACUCCGUCAGGGGGUCCGGGACGAUCCGGGAUCGACUCAAUCAGGGGGUCCGGGAUCGACUCCGUCAGGGGGUCCGGGAUCGACUCCGUCAGGGGGUCCGGGAUCGACUCCGUCAGGGGGUCCGGGACGAUCCGGGAUCGACUCCGUCAGGGGGUCCGGGAUCGACUCCGUCAGGGGUUCCGGGACGAUCCGGGAUCGACUCCGUCAGGGGGUCCGGGAUCGACUCCGUCAGGGGGUCCGGGAUCGACUCCGUCAGGGGGUCCGGGACGAUCCGGGAUCGACUCAGUCAGGGGGUCCGGGAUCGACUCCGUCAGGGGGUCCGGGAUCGACUCAAUCAGGGGGUCCGGGACGAUCCGGGAUCGACUCCGUCAGGGGGUCCGGGAUCGACUCAAUCAGGGGGUCCGGGACGAUCCGGGAUCGACUCCGUCAGGGGGUCCGGGAUCGACUCCGUCAGGGGGUCCGGGACGAUCCGGGAUCGACUCAAUCAGGGGGUCCAGGACGAUCCGGGAUCGACUCCGUCAGGGGGUCCGGGACGAUCCGGGAUCGACUCCGUCAGGGGGUCCGGGAUCGACUCAAUCAGGGGGUCCGGGAUCGACUCCGUCAGGGGGUCCGGGACGAUCCGGGAUCGACUCAAUCAGGGGGUCCGGGAUCGACUCCGUCAGGGGGUCCGGGAUCGACUCCGUCAGGGGGUCCGGGAUCGACUCCGUCAGGGGUCCGGGAUCGACUCCGUCAGGGGGUCCGGGAUCGACUCAAUCAGGGGGUCCGGGACGAUCCGGGAUCGACUCCGUCAGGGGGUCCGGGAUCGACUCCGUCAGGGGGUCCGGGACGAUCCGGGAUCGACUCCGUCAGGGGGUCCGGGAUCGACUCCGUCAGGGGGUCCGGGAUCGACUCCGUCAGGGGGUCCGGGAUCGACUCCGUCAGGGGGUCCGGGAUCGACUCCGUCAGGGGGUCCGGGACGAUCCGGGAUCGACUCAGUCAGGGGGUCCGGGAUCGACUCCGUCAGGGGGUCCGGGAUCGACUCAAUCAGGGGGUCCGGGACGAUCCGGGAUCGACUCCGUCAGGGGGUCCGGGAUCGACUCAAUCAGGGGGUCCGGGACGAUCCGGGAUCGACUCCGUCAGGGGGUCCGGGAUCGACUCCGUCAGGGGGUCCGGGAUCGACUCCGUCAGGGGGUCCGGGAUCGACUCCGUCAGGGGGUCCGGGACGAUCCGGGAUCGACUCCGUCAGGGGGUCCGGGAUCGACUCCGUCAGGGGUUCCGGGACGAUCCGGGAUCGACUCCGUCAGGGGGUCCGGGAUCGACUCCGUCAGGGGGUCCGGGAUCGACUCCGUCAGGGGGUCCGGGACGAUCCGGGAUCGACUCAGUCAGGGGGUCCGGGAUCGACUCCGUCAGGGGGUCCGGGAUCGACUCCGUCAGGGGGUCCGGGACGAUCCGGGAUCGACUCCGUCAGGGGGUCCGGGAUCGACUCCGUCAGGGGGUCCGGGAUCGACUCAAUCAGGGGGUCCGGGACGAUCCGGGAUCGACUCCGUCAGGGGGUCCGGGAUCGACUCCGUCAGGGGGUCCGGGACGAUCCGGGAUCGACUCAAUCAGGGGGUCCGGGACGAUCCGGGAUCGACUCCGUCAGGGGGUCCGGGAUCGACUCCGUCAGGGGGUCCGGGAUCGACUCCGUCAGGGGGUCCGGGAUCGACUCCGUCAGGGGGUCCGGGACGAUCCGGGAUCGACUCAAUCAGGGGGUCCGGGACGAUCCGGGAUCGACUCCGUCAGGGGGUCCGGGAUCGACUCCGUCAGGGGGUCCGGGACGAUCCGGGAUCGACUCAAUCAGGGGGUCCGGGACGAUCCGGGAUCGACUCCGUCAGGGGGUCCGGGAUCGACUCCGUCAGGGGGUCCGGGACGAUCCAGGAUCGACUCCGUCAGGGGGUCCGGGAUCGACUCUGUCGGGGGGUCCGGGACGAUUCGGGAUCGACUCCGUCAGGGGGUCCGGGAUCGACUCCGUCAGGGGGUCCGGGAACGACUCUGUCUGGGGGUCCGGGACGAUCCGGGAUCGAGUCAGUCAGGGGGUCCGGGACGAUCCAGGAUCGACUCCGUCGGGGGUCCGGGACCGACUCCGUCAGGGGGUCCGGGACGAUCCGGGAUCGACUCUGUCAGGGGGUCCGGGACGAUCCGGGAUCGACUCCAUAGGGGGUCCGGGACGAUCCGGGAUCGACUCCGGCAGGGAGUCCGGGAUCGACUCCGUCAGGGGUUCCGGGAUCGACUCUGUCAGGGGGUCCGAGACUAUCCGGGAUCGACUCUGUCAGGGCGUCCGGGACGAUCCGGGAUCGCCUCCGGCAGGGGGUCCGGGAUCGACUCCACCAGGGGGUCUGGGACGAUCCGGGAUCGACUCCGUCAGGGGGUCCGGGAUCGACUCCGUCAGGGGGUCCGGGACGAUCCGGGAUCAACUCCGUCAGGUGGUCCGGGAUCGACUCUGUCAGGGUUUCCGGGAUGAUCCGGGUUCGACUCCGUCAGGGGGUCCGGGACGAUCCGGGAUCGACUCAAUCAGGGGGUCCGGGACGAUCCGGGAUCGACUUUGUCAGGGGGUCUGGGAUCGACUCUGUCAGGGGGUCCGGGAACGAUCCGGGAUCGACUCGGUCAGGGGGUCCGGGAUCAACUCUCUCAGGGAGUCCGGGUCGAUCCGGGAUCGACUGUGUCAGGGGGUCCGGGAUCGACUCCGUCAGCGAGUCCGGGAUUAA